GCGACCGAGACCGCGCGGAGCAACUGCUUGACGUCCGAGGCCCCGGAGGCGAAGCGCGCCGCGGUGCUGUCCUUGCACGCCGCGAUCGAUGCGAUGGAGCCGCCGGACGGCGCGGAGCCGGCCGGCGACGCGGACGCGAGCGAGGCGACGCUCGUGUACACGUUUGGCGACGGCGCGUACGGCAAGCUCGGCCACGGCGACACGGCCGACCAGCUCUACCCGCGGCUGGUUCGCUCUCUGGGCGAGGGCGUGGCGGAGGUCGCCGCGGGCUACCAGCACUCGGCCGUGCGCACGCGGCGGGGCGGCGUGCUGACCGCGGGCAUCGGCUGGAAGGGGCAGCUCGGCACCGCCGACCUGGGCGCGGGCCGCGAGGCGCUCGGCAUGGCCCCCGACUUUUACCACGCACGCGAGUUCCAGCCGGUGGGCGCCGAGCCAAGCUGCAGUAGUAGAUGUGCGAGAUGAGACGCCUAUAUGACGCUCAUGCAUGGAGUCCGAGGGGCUCGAAGGGGCGCGGAGCGCCGCGCGCGGAGUGCGUCCCCGAAGGACAAUCAAAAGCGAACUUUAGCUCCUGAGUCCUGUGCCUGUGGCUGUGCCCCGCAGAGUAGUGGUGUAGACUAUGACAGUUAGUAAGAGACGACCUGGUCCACG